UUGGUCCAAAAUUUCCCUGUGCUGCCACAAUACUGCACACACGUGACCCCCCUGUUUUCACCCAGUUAAACGCAUGUACUUAAAAGACAGGCCACUGCAAUUCACCAACACAAGCACGAUUAACACAAUAUUAAUGUUAGCAAGGUAAGAUCGCAGCUGUGGGGAUUAGGAUCACUGGAAGAGGACCAUGGCGGCUGCCACGAGCAGCAAUACAUCCACAGCCACGCUACAGAUCAACCACUCCAGUGUCGAGCAAACACGGAAACGCAUAGACCCGAGGAGGAGGCAAGCGGCGUUGUCUUUUCUCAGCAACAUUUCUCUGGAUGGGCGACCAGUGCAAGACGACCAAAACGAAGAGGAUGACUCGCUUGAAGCUAGGACUAGACAGAGCCUGGUUUCUCCGGAGCGCUCUGUGUACGGGGCUGCUGGCGCCGCCGGAGCUGCAGCUGCUGCUGCGGCGGCGGCAGCGACCACCGCCGCCAAGGCGCUCGCUUUUGCAAACCAGGCUCUUCUCUCCAGCAGUCGGGCCAGUUUCGGGACGGGUCCCGCAGCUGCCCCGGCGGGUACAGACACAGAGGGCGACGCUUUUGUGCCCUCGACGUUCAGCUCGCCGUUCUCCGCGGUCCCAGCAUCGACUAGAGGGAGGCUGCAGACGUACACUCAGGGAAUCCUACCUGCCCCUUACUCCAGGCAAACCUCCCAGAACUACAGCCUGGAGGGCGUACAGAUAGCCAACUCUGCGAUAGAACUGCAGAGAUCAAGACGAAGACUCAUCUCUCAGCGCUCUUCACUUGAAACACUAGAGGACAUUGAGGAGAAUGCUCCUCUGCGCAGAUGCCGAACCCUAUCGGGUUCACCCCGACCAAAGAGCUUCAAGAAGAUCCACUUCAUAAAGAACUUGAGGCAACAUGAUAUGCGCAAUGGAAGGAUAGUCCUUAUCAGUGGCAGAAGAUCCUUCUAUAGUGUAUUUUCUGUCCUGCCCUAUCGAGAUUGUAGCCAAGCAGGGGAUGUCAAGCUGGAAGUAGGAGGGCGUCAGCGGCACCCAUCAGGAGGCGUCAGUGCCAAGGAGAUGGUGAUUGGGCUGGAGGGUGUGGAGUUAGGAGCUGAUGGAAAGACGGUGUCUUACACCCAGUUCCUGUUUCCCACUAACUCACUUGGUGGUCGAAGAAACACCAUCGACUCCACCUCAUCCUUCUCUCAGUCUCGUUACGCCAGCCAUAGAAGCCUCAGUUUGGGCCGAGCCAACAGCAACCAGAGCAGCAUAGACACAGGGAAUGAUUUGGGGGACUUCCGCGAGUAUGACCCCAAUCUGCUGGAUGACCCGCAGUGGCCUUGUGGAAAACACAAGAGAGUCCUCAUUUUCCCCUCCUACAUGACUACGGUCAUUGAAUACGUCAAACCCUCUGACCUCAAGAAGGACAUGAACGAAACUUUCAAGGAGAAAUUCCCCCACAUAAGGCUUACACUCAGCAAGAUUAGGAGCUUGAAAAGGGAGAUAAAAAAGUUGGCCCUGGAUGAAUGUGGUUACGAGGAACCGACAGUGGCCAUGGCAUUCGUCUACUUUGAAAAACUUGUGCUUCAAGGCAAACUAAACAAGCAGAAUCGUAAACUCUGCGCUGGAGCUUGUGUCCUGCUGGCAGCCAAGAUUGGUGGCGAUCUCAAGAAACACGAGGUCAAGCUCCUGAUAGACAAACUGGAAGAGAGGUUCAGAGUGAACCGCAGAGAGCUGAUAGCAUUCGAGUUUCCGGUGCUGGUGGCGUUAGAGUUCAACCUGCACCUGCCAGAACACGAGAUCAUGCCCCACUACAGACGCCUGCUGCAGACCUCCUAGCAUUAGUGACCCAUCAGGAGGACGACCACCAGGUUCUCCUUCUGAUCCUCUGCUUCCCACCGUAUCCAUCCUCGUCCACAUCUGGCAGCCCUAAGGAACCGCUGGCUGUCGCUCAACUACAGCCGACAACACUCUCCUUCCUCUCAGAGACCUGAAAUCAGCCAUUGUUUGACUGAGAAAAAAAAAAAGGGUUCAACCGUCAAACAAGUUGUUUUUCUAGUUUGCAUGUUUUCACGUCUUCAUCUUCACUUUGUGUAUUUUAGAGCUCUCUUGUUGAUUAAGAGAGCUUUUUCUUUUUGAAUCUGAUGGUGAACUUUUUUUCCGCAGUUAAGGCAACUAAUGAUUGUAACAUUGUUUAACAUCUCUUUUCAUUAAUCUCCCACAUGUAAACUUUGGUAUGACUGGUUGCCUCCUGAUCUGCAUACAAUUUAAACAAAAGCCUUUUAAGUGGCUGGUUUUGGCUGGACUUCCUCAGAGUGACUCAUCUUUUCGCAAGUCAUCAUCUUAAAAGUGUACUUUUGGAUAUUGGGAGACAUAGGGGGAAGGCAGGCAUUCUUUUUAGAGAUUUAAUAAGAUUUGGAACCUACCUUGAAAAAUAAGCUGUUCAUAAACACCACACAUAAGUCAUUUGAAUGGACCUUUUGAAUUGUUUUUCUCUCUUAUGGUUUACUCACAAUUUUCUAGCCACAACUAUCCGCAUGAAAUGUAAUGAUUGUUUGCAUACAGGUACGUGCAGACAAGAUGGGACUUCCUAUUUUCACUGAAGUAUUCCAUUCAUUUUUUUACCAGUCAUAUGAUUGCUAUGGACUUACAGAGACUAGACCCACUUUUAUCAGUGUCGAAUUUCUUGUGCUCUAUGUUAGAGUGUAUUGCUAGCACAUUUACGGUGCUAUCAGGAAGGUAGUUUUGAAAAGGUGUUCAUGAGUGCAAAAAUGCCAUUAAACUGGGUCAGGAUUAGCAGCAGAGUGGCAGCAUGGUGCUCUAGUGUUGAGAGAAAAUGUCAUGGGCUAAGACCCUGUGCCAGUAACUAUCCUUCCUGCUUUAAGUGUCCUUGAGCAAGGCACUGAGUUCCUUCAGGCUUCAGGGACACUUUAGCUGACCUGACCUUUGACCUCUCUGAGGAGAAAAACUCUAAACAAGAUCCAAACAGAGAUAAAUGACGGAUCAAACAUUUGCAUAUAACUAACUGAAUCAGCAUUUGUUGAUUUGAAAUCUAAGUUGUUAAAAAAAGAAGAAGAAUGUGACCAAUUAAAAAAAGUAUUGUUACAUUAAUUUGGCAUGUAUCUCAACUUGAUUUUCUUUUUUUAUUACCUUGAAAAUUGUCUCACACAAUACCACAGAGUAUUGAGG